UUUCAAUACAACCAGAUUUCUCCUUAAAUGUCAGAAAGGUUCGCCCUCGCAGUGGCACGGUUUGAAAUUGUGUUUCAUUAGCCGAAUAGAAGCAUUGGCAGCUCCUGAGGGAGGGCAAAUGCCAAGUCAUUUUCCUUAUCUCCAGAACAGUAAUAAUGUCACUGCUGAAGCUUUUUCGUGUUGGGAGUCUGGUCUGUGAAGGAUUUUCCGAGUGGAGUCUGUCAAAGAAUCGACAGGAGGUGUCUAAUUGGGCAAGUGAGAGCCUGGGACCGACGCAGCACUAGGCUGCCGCUGCCUUUUGAGAGAUAACACUCUUCCCUUUCAUGGCGCAUUUCAACGUUGUUCAGAAAACCCAAAGAGACGGUUUAAUAUUGUCUCUGAUUCUAACCAGGCUGCGAGAUGCAGCUGAAGCAGGAAGGGGAGGCUCUGCUCAUUAUCGGGAUUUGCUUUGAUAUGUGACCGUUCCACCACAACAACUCCGGAUCUGCACACCCAUUUAACGUCUUUAAAUGCGCGCACUUGUUCAUUCAAAAGUGACUUCAGCUUCCGAGGAAGUCCCGUCGGUUAAGCCCAAGCCGAGCGAGAUGUGACUGACACGACCACAACAUUCACGUCACUGCUCUCGGAUCUUCAAAUCCCAUACUUAGGAAAAUAAGCCCGAAGUCUCGACAAGUGAAGGGUUUGUAAUAUAAACAGCCAGCUUCACCCUAACCCUGCCAAUCCUUCGGAGGAGCUUCCGAGAUGAAGGCAGCGAGCAUUUUUCAACUGUGCGUAACACUGUCAUUGAGACGUACUUGCAUCGGACUGAAAUGAGCAUUAUACGACUGCAAGUUGGAAUUAGGUGACAACGUUAAGACUUCAUUUACUUGUCCAUUCCAUCUGACUACUGUUAAUACCUACACCCAUCCAUAACAUACCAUGAUUGGUGCCAAUGUGGAAGCAAUCAGUUCCAGUGAAAAUUAAAGACGUCUUCAGCUUCAGUCAGAAAAAGAUGAGUCGAGUUUUGGAUGGUAGUUUUCUGACAAUUCCUUGACAAGUUAUUCUGUAUGGGCACUAAGGUCAGAUAUUUACAUGUUGACUCCUUGUGAUGGAUGAAGCUGAUGUAAAUGAGAGUACAAGUGAUGGUGAGCCACAUGAAAUUCCUGGUUUCUCUAUACUACAGAAGACAGUUCUCAUCACAUUUCUUUCAGCUAUUAUGAUGAUGACUAUUUUGGGAAACCUACUGGUUAUGGUAGCUGUAUGCAAGGACAGACAGCUACGGAAAAUCAAGACCAAUUACUUUAUUGUCUCUUUGGCAUUUGCUGAUUUGCUUGUUUCCGUCAUGGUAAUGCCUUUUGGAGCUAUUGAACUAAUACAGCAAAACUGGAUAUAUGGAGAUAAAUUUUGUCUCGUCCGGACUUCACUCGAUGUCCUGCUUACUACAGCAUCUAUUCUUCAUCUGUGCUGUAUUUCUUUAGAUAGGUACUACGCUAUCUGUUGUCAACCUCUGGUUUACAGGAACAAAAUGACACCCUUGCGCAUUGCAAUAAUGCUUGGAGGUUGUUGGAUUAUCCCAUCAUUUAUUUCAUUCCUACCUAUCAUGCAAGGCUGGAAUAUCAUUGGAAUACAGGAAUUGGGUUCUGCUCCUGAAGUAUUGAAGAAACAAAAGACCUUCCAUGUGACUGUGCUUAUGGUAGAAGAAAGAAAAUCAAGUAUUGACACAAACAUAACAAAAUGUAUUUUCAUGGUGAACAAACCCUUUGCCAUAACAUGUUCAGUUGUAGCAUUUUACAUACCUCUUCUCUUAAUGGUUCUGGCAUACCAAAGGAUAUAUGUGACAGCCAGGGAGCAUGCACGACAAAUUGAAAUAUUGAAACGUGCAGGAACCUCAACAGACUCUGGACAACAAACUGAUCAUCAAGGCAACCACAGAAUGAAAACUGAAACAAAAGCAGCUAAAACCUUGUGCAUUAUUAUGGGAUGUUUUUGUCUCUGCUGGGCUCCAUUUUUCAUCACAAAUAUUGUGGACCCAUUUAUAAACUAUUCAGUGCCAGAACAACUAUGGACAGCCUGCUUAUGGCUUGGAUACAUUAAUUCAGGGUUCAAUCCAUUUCUGUAUGCUUAUCUGAACAAGUCCUUCAGGCGUGCCUUCCUGAGAAUUCUGUGCUGUGGUGAUCGAUACAGACGAUCGUCUUUACUGGGGCAGACAAUACCAUGCUCCGCGACAACAAUUAAUGGAUCAGCUCAUGUAUUAAGGUACACAGUUUUACACAAUGGCCAUCUUCAGGAGCAUGAGAACCUGUCUCUACAAAUUGACAUUGAGUCCUAGCGAUAUUGCUUUUGAACAGGACUGAGAGACAGAAAACAUGGCCUUAUCUCAUCACUGGAAUUGUUUUUUUCUCUGUUUAAGAUCUUCCUCCCACUAAUAAAUACUAAAUAUAUGUUUACAAUGUCAUUAUACCCAAAAUAAAAAGAUUAAUUUGCAUGGUUGAAACAAACAUUUUGUAAAUAAUUGUUUGAGUGAACAAAGUAUGCUCCUCAAGGGAAUUUUUAUGAAUGGCUUCUAAAUUUAAAAGCUUAUGUUGUAUUUUCCUGUUACUAUGUGACAGCUGUUUUAAACCAAAUGUAAGAAUGAAACUAUAGACAAAACAAAAAAAAAGAUCAGCUAUUUACAUAUUAUGAAUAGUAGAUCAAAUGCACGCAAUCUUUUGGUGUUGAGUUUCUGCUUGUAAAAUGGGAUGUAUUAUUUGUAAGCUUUAAAACCACGUGGUGUAAAUGUGUCUCAAAUGUCUUCAAAACGUGAAGCCUGUUCAAAGCAUUGGAAGUGUUCCACUUUGUGAAAGGAUUUUUAGAGAUAGCCUGCUAGAAAAUUGUAGUUCAUUUUGCUCUUAUUGGAAUUGAGAGAUGACAGAUAAGUGACUCCUGCAACUGAGUCAUAAGCUUUAACUGCAAUUCCCACAUAUUAUCAGUUAUUGGUAAAUGAAGCAGCGUUUAAUAUGUACCUAGUAGUCAUUUAUUUCUAGGUGUUAUCUGAAGCAAGUCUGUGUAAAUAGAUUCAUAGUUUUGGUAAAAAUCUUCAACAGAAUCGAUUGGUUAAUUAUGUGAAUCAAAUGUCAUUUUAUAUUAUAUCCAGCUUUAAGUAAGACUAGCUUGACAGAAACAAAACAAAUGCUUAUGCUAGAUUUUGUUCCAUCACAAGGCAUUGAAUUGUUUAUUCAUUCUGUGUGUAAUGGCUUUAACAAGAUGUUAUUUUUUUUCAAAUGCUGCUAACGGAUGUUUUGA